GAGGCCGUUGCGACCGGAUCCUUCGUCGAUCUGUAUCCCCUCUUGCCGUCUGUGUUUAGCGACGAAGACGCGGAACUUCUUCUCAAAUUAGCCACGAAGAAGACGAGGGUCAAUGUGCAUAUAUUCGCGAAGACGGUUGUGGUCUCCGAGGCAUUUCUACAGACUUUAAUCAAGUCCCUCGAAGCCGUGGCGGAGCAAAAGGCUCGGGACAUGGUAGCCAGCGGAAAGUGGAUUCAAUCUGUCGUCGAGAGUAAAUUGAAAUCUAAAUCCGCGGACGUGAUCGUUGAGAGUAAAGUGAGCAAAAAGGAGGAACGAAGGAAAAAGGCAACUGUUGGUAAAGCGGGGGGCGGUAGUCAAGGCAGAGAAACCAGGACGAAGUCUACGAAGAAGAAAUAUCUUCAGGGAAAGACGCAGGAAAAUGACUCUGACGAAGACGACGACGCGAGGCAGACAACGGUCGGAAAGGGUGAGAUUACGUUGAUAUCCGUGGAGGAAGUGAAAGCGGAGGUCAUGAAGGACGAGAACGUAUCCGUUAUCGAGGAAAUGGCGGACGAAUUAGCGUACUAUUUGCAAACGAAAUUGAACAAGUCCGCGUUGUCGUUGGCGGAGCAAUUGGCGCAAUCCAACAAGACCACGAACCUGAGCGAGAUCGGCGAACGCCUGAACGUUCUGAUAACGAACAUUCGAAUAUUCGACAAAGGUAUCAAACAUCUGGACAAGGCGGAUCAAGCUUCACUGACCAAGUACCUGCUCAAGUCUCUAGGUCUCGAUUUUGUGACGAGUAUAUUUAAAUUGGCUGCUCAACAGAACAUGCUGCAAGUGGCGGAAAAUCUCACGACGGAGACGAGGCAAAGACUGCUGCUCGAAUUGCCCGCGGACGUUAAGGAGCCGUUGACCGCUAUCCACAGGACGGUGAUGGGAGAUUCGGUGGAGGACUUUUUGAACAGCGUCGACGGGGCGAUGGCAGCCUGCUGUCUGGUCCUGAAGAAGUACGAUAAAAAAAAGGAGCGGCCGCAGGUGCACGCACACAGAGAGGCUCUGCUGGAGGAGCUGAACGCCACGCAAGAUCCCGCGUUAACGUUACACCUAGUUACGAGCGUGCUCUUCACCGCUGUCACGCAGAACGCCUUACACAUGUCUGGCAGACACGUAACAACGGUUCUCGCGUUCCUUCAACAGCACUUGGAGCCCAAUACGAUGUCGACUCUUGCUAGAUACCACGAUUUAGUACUGAAUUUGCUAAGCUCUCCUGACGAAAACGCAAAAAUGGAAGCCUCCAGGGCCUUGGAGGAAGGAUUGGUGGACAUAAAAAACAUUGCGAACAAUUUCAAGCAACAUGUGAAAAUAGACAAAUCUUGAGAGGGAUUACGCAAAAAUGCUGUAUAAUAUGAAUAAUGUAAUAUAGUCUAGACCCAUUUUCUGUAAAAGUAUUUGUUAUAUAUCAAUUAACGUUGUAUUUUAUAAUAAAAUAUACAAUAUACAUAUUUACAAUUUAAAAAAUCA